AUGUGUGGAAUCAGCGCGAAGUUCAAGCCGCCGUGGCCGUUGGAGCAUUUGCUCUUCGUCGUGGCGAACCUUAUCCCCACCUGGCGCGUCAUCCCCACUCGCGGAUCGAUUCCCGAUGUUUCCUUCAAGGAGCCGUGGAAGAGGAAGCUCGCGAUUGCUAGUCCUAGGAGGACGGUGGCGAGGCCGCGCGCCGCGACGGCUUACGAGCUGAUCCGUGUAUGUAACGAGCUUCAGGGGAGGUUCGAGGAGGUGGAGGUGCCGCUUCUGAUAGUGCAUGGCGGAGGAGACGUUGUUUGCGACCAAGCGUGCGUGGAGGAGCUUCAUCGGAGAGCAAGCAGCGAGGAUAAGACGAUCAAGAUCUAUCCGGGGAUGUGGCAUCAGAUGGUUGGUGAAUCGGAGGAGGACGUCGAUCUGGUUUACGGGGACAUCCUGACAUGGCUCAAGACCCGAUCGGGAACUGCCGCGGAGAGGAAACGGGAGUUGCGCGCUGGCGGCGGAGCUUAAGAGUUUUUUUUGACUCUUUGAGUACUGAGUUGUAGUCCAAUAGGCCAGCGCCAUCUGGCCAGCAACUAGUAUACAACGAGUCCACUAUCCCUUUGGGCAUUAAUAAUAUAUAAAAGUAUUUUAUAAAAAUUGAUUGUUAAGAUU